UAUACAUUAUAUGCAUUAUUAUGAUACAAUCGUGUAAAAAUUAAUGUAAAUAUGGGAUCGUGCUGCAUCGAAGAAACAGACAAGGAUGCUAUUCCACGAAUGCAAACGAUACCAGCGGUAUCACAUCUUGCUCCAUUUUGGUCAGGUUAUGCAAUAGUUGAUACAAAAAUUAAAGAUUUAUCAUUAAAAGACUUCAAAGGAAAGUAUGUAAUACUAUUGUUCUAUCCAUAUGAUUUUACAUUCGUAUGUCCUUCAGAAAUUAUUGAAUUUAGCGAACGCAUCAAUGAAUUUCGAAAUCUUAAUGCAGAAGUUGUUGCUAUAUCAACUGAUUCUGAAUAUUCGCAUUUUGCUUGGAUAACUACCCCAAGAAAACAAGGAGGUUUGGGCGAAAUGAAAAUUCCAGUACUAGCGGACAAAAGUCAUAAGAUUUCUAAAGAUUAUGGUGUAUUAGAUGAGGUUCGAGGAAUAUCACUCAGAGCUUUGUUUAUAAUAGAUCCGAGACAAUUAAUAAGACACAUCAAUUUAAAUGACGUAGCAAUAGCACGUUCCGUUGAUGAAGUCUUAAGGAUAAUUAAAUCGUGUCAUUUCGCUGAUCAAUUUGGCGAUACAUGUCCUAUGGGUCCAUUGCAAGAACAACACACAUUUUUACAAAAUUCUAAUUACUUUAACACUACUUAAUCUUUCUAGAUAAAAAUAAAAUCGAAAUAAAUGAAUACUAUUGUAUCGUAUCAAUGCAUCUAAUGUUCGUCUAUUAAGUUUAGAGAAAUUGUAAAAAAAAAAAAAAAACAAAAAAGACAUUUAGAAAAUACUUACUGGUUGGUGUGGAUAGGCCACUUGGUCGAGACUUCGUAGUAAUUUGUGUAACAGGUGACGUUGUUUCUCCCGCCAAAGACAAUUGGGUAGGUUUCUGAGCAUGCACUACACCACACCAAUUACUAAAUCAUGCGAUCUCUAACUCUUAGGUAUAUUAUGUAAGCUCUGAUAAAUGAUAUAUAUGACAAGAAUCUGUAAUAUUCUAUCAGUUUUUAUGCAAAAUGAAUAAAGCACAGAAAUUAUGUUUUAAGCGGA